AUGAAGCGGUUCUUUAAGCCGAUAGAGAAGGAUGGGUCUGCGAAGAAACCUGCAUUGGAACAACAAGGCAAUGGUGAACAGCCAGAUGGGGCAGCUGACUCGGGAGUUGGGCUGGCGAAUCAGAACCAGCAGCCGUUGAAAUUCGUAACGUGGAAUGCCAAUAGCUUCCUUCUUCGCGUAAAAAACAACUGGCCUGAGUUCUGCAUAUUCGUCUCCCGCAUCGACCCUGAUGUUAUCGCCAUCCAGGAAGUAAGAAUGCCUGCUGCUGGUUCAAAAGGUACACCCAAAAACCCAGGGGAGUUGAAAGAUGAUACAAGCUCAUCACGGGAGGAAAAAAAGAUACUGAUGCGUGCCCUUUCUAGUCCGCCAUUUGGAAGUUAUCGUGUUUGGUGGUCCCUCAGUGACUCAAAGUAUGCUGGUACAGCCUUGUUGGUAAAGAAGUGUUGUCAGCCUGUAAAGGUCUCUUUUUCACUUGAUAGAACAGGUACAAAGCAUGAACCAGAUGGCCGAGUUAUUCUAGCUGAAUUUGAGACAUUUCGCCUAUUAAAUACAUAUUCACCAAAUAAUGGAUGGAAAGAGGAGGAAAACUCAUUUCAGAGGAGAAGAAAAUGGGAUAAAAGGUUGCAGGAGUUUGUUCUUAAAUCAUCAGACAAGCCUCUGAUAUGGUGUGGCGAUCUGAAUGUUAGCCAUGAAGACAUAGAUGUGAGUCAUCCAGAAUUUUUCAGUGCAGCAAAGCUCAAUGGUUACAUACCUCCAAAUAAAGAGGAUUGCGGCCAGCCUGGGUUUACUUUGAACGAGAGGAAGCGAUUUGGUGCCAUAAUGAGAGAGGGAAAGCUGAUUGACGCCUACAGAUUUUUGCACAAGGAAAAGGAUAUGGAGGGUGGUUUCUCAUGGUCUGGAAACCCAAUCGGGAAGUAUCGAGGCAAAAGGAUGCGCAUAGAUUAUUUCUUAGUCUCUGAGAAGCUGAAAGAUCAGAUUGUAUCCUGUGAGCAUUGGGGGCGUGGAAUUGAACAGGAAGGUUUUUAUGGAAGCGACCAUUGUCCAGUUUCCCUUGAGCUUUCACCAGCCACGUUAGAUGCCAACGGCAGUCACGUUCCAGUAGAGUCUUAG